AUGAAUCAUUUCCUGAUUCAGAUAGUUACAAAGGCCAUGAUACUUUUUCAUAAUCCAGUAGUAGUUGUAGGAAAAUUACUUGCCUCCCCCACUUUAGGGCUCAUGAUAAACCGUGCACCCCUUGAGGGUAGAAAUCUCAGGGAUUUGGAUGAUGUUGGUCAAGGUGAUCCUUAUGCUCAAAUUUGGUUGGACAAAUCUAACCACAAGUUUGAAACCGAAUCAAGAAGUGGAACUUCCACACCCGUCUGGGACAGGAUUUUUCAUUAUCAUGUGAAUGGCCAACCUGAACUUCACCUUAGAAUCAUGGACUCCGAUGUUUUUAUUGACGAAGAGAUCGGUUGUGCAAGAGUGCCCCUCGAAAGAAUUUACGAGAACUAUUAUGAUGACUUUUGGGUAAAAUUGCCCGACCACUUGGGCAGAAACAAUGGAGAAAUUCGUUUGGUCUUGGAAUUUAAACCAUAUCAGCAACAACAACAUAUAAAGUUUUCUACAGGGAUUACACCUGCAGAAUCUGCUAAAGAUUCCACUGAUGUCCAGAAAUCUAAAGGCGAAUCAACUGAUGUCUUGAAACAAGCGGUCAAUCGAGAUCUUACUUGGUCAAAGUCUCAACGAAGCAGAAAGGAUGCCAUGGUUGGGCCUCGUUUCGAACAAACCGAUUUGAAAGCUCAGGCGUGUUUCAAGUUCCUGGAGAAUUUACUUGUACAUCCGGUUCUUUUGCGAUCCACGUACAAAUCUAAUUCUAUUUGA